AUGAGUUGCGCGGAAUCGUACGGAGGCCCCCAGGCCUACUAUACUGACUGGGCCCCGACCGUCCCCUACGCUUCCUACGUUCCUCGGUUAGUUUUAGUUAUUUCUCUCUUUACUCCGAUUGCCGUUUCCUCAGUUUCGUUUUCUUUUUUCCUUUAUGGAAUUAAUUACUUAAUAUUUUUUGAACAAAUAAAGUUCACUAAGUGAGUAUGCAUGUACAAAAUGAAGCAGGUACUGAAAAGCUUUUUAUAGAUUUGGAAAACACGAAAUUGUGUGUGUUGAUAGAACUCUUGAUUGUUAUAGUUUUACUCCAUUAUUUCUCUGACCCCAUGAUGAAAAUUACUAUUCGAAAAACUGAAGAGUUCUUAUGAUCUUCUUUGAUGAACUAGGCGGAAGUCUCAAUUUGCGAAACUUACUCGAAAGCUUUUUUCGCUUUUACAGUAUUCAGUAAAGCGUUUUUUACGGUCUGCUUUUCAAAAAAGAUUGUUUAGUUUAGUUUGAAACCUUUAUAAAGGGCGUCAGAAAAUAUUUUCCGGAGUUUAUACUUUCUGAGCUUUGGUGCUUAACUUUUCUCUUAAAGUGAAAUGACAUCGAGUACUUCCUACUCUCCGCUGUUGCCUCCGCCGUCGACGUCGGACGUGUGGUCGACGCCGACGACGACGACGGCCGCUCAGUUCGCUCAGACUCCGGCUCACCAUGCACAGCAUCACCACCAGCUCCAAAGCACAUACAAGUGGAUGCACACAAAACGCGCCCAAAGACCCGUCGGUCAGUUUCGGUUUUUAUUUGGUUUCAAGUUGAAGCAAUGCGAAUACAGGGGUUUGUUGCAGCAUUUUAGGUUCAAAUUACACUUGUUUUUUUUUCCAUUCAAAAAGCGUUGUUGAUAAGAUUUAUUUACAUGAAGCUUAGAAGCCCUUCAUCAAAGUCUCACUGCCAUGUCGCUCUCUAUCUCUCUCGAAUUUGAGAUUUGAAGAACAGUUUUGUUUUGAUUUAUUUUCGACUUUUAUGAUGUAAUUGAAGAAGAAGAAAGUUUGGAAGGAAACAUUUCAAAGUGUCGCAGCGAGAAGCGACCGAAUCAUUGCCAUUUAAAUAAGGGAUAGACAAAUAGAAAAAUGAAUGAAAAUACACGGGCUGGAUUCAACCAUAAAGAGUAGACAGGCCUCCGGAGAAUUUUCGUAACUAGCGAAUAAGGAUACUUUAAGAAAGAGAAAGAUCAUCAUGAAUGAAUGAAAGGAAAUGUUCAUUUCGCUCAAAGACAGAUCUGUGGCGUGGAGGAAGAGAGCUACAAAUUAUAAUUGCCUCCACUUCGAUAAAGUUCCACUUAAUUCAAAAAUUUUUCGGUCGAAUCGAAGAGAACCAAAAAAAAAAGUAAUCUAUAAACGACUUAAAUUAUUAUUUUUUUGAUAUUUGCAGCUUCCUUGUCAUGACUAUUUUUUAAACUUAUAAAAUUAAGAACGACUUGGGAAUUGUUUGAAAGAUUUUUUUUCUUGCGCGCCAAUCCUGAUUAAUUUUUUCCCCAACAAAUCAACGAUAAAGUAGUAAGGGAAAAACUGGUAAGAUCAACCUUAAAAGUACUAAAUAAAGUGCAAUGGUUGAAACUAGACCUGCAAAUAGAAAGUCGAAACAGCACAAAAAUCAACGAUUGUUUCAAUCGCAUUUGAGGGAUUCUGGUCUUAACAUUCAAAAAAGAAAAAAUACUCUUCCCGAUCUUUCUACAAGAACUUCAUAGCUUAACAGGAAAUUAUUUUUCCCUACCUUUUUUUUGCUGAUAUUUUCAUUUUUUUUUUUGCCCGCUAUAAGACACUUCCAAUUUCUCGCAAACCUUUAACGUUAUUGGCAAGAUCAGCAUCAGCUGGUCGAAGUGUGGCCGAUCGAUAGCGUCGACCACAGGUCCCCGAAAAGCUCAUCCAUCAAUGUUGGGAAUCGCCCGAGGCUCUGUCGGACUCUUCCACCUUUUCAACUUUCCGUUGCGAUAAUUCUUUUAUACUUUCACGAGAAUGCUCCGAAAUUCAUGGUUUCAUUCUUCCUUCCCUACUAUUUCUGGGAGAUAAAAUUCCGUUCGGUCCAAGUUUUUUUAAUCGAAAUUUGUAGCGAUCCGUGAGGCAUCGAGAAAUUUCACACGGUUGCCAGUAAGAUUGAUCACAGCUGCGAUGCAAAUUUGCGUCUUUUGGUUGCGCGAUGAUGAACAUUUGUUCAAUGCUUAAUUUAUGCUGCUCAUAUGUUGGUUUCCGACUGUUUCUCUCUUCUUGUUCCUAGCAUCUUUCAAGAAUAUCAUUCAGUGAGGAGACAGGUAUUUGAUUCGAUUAUAAUUUACAAUUUUGAAAUCAAUUACACAGUUAUAUUCAAGUUAUAUUCAGUUAUAGUCAAACAUAAAAAAAAAACAUUCGAAGUGAUCGGACCAUCAUUUUUACAUUCUUUUUUCAGUUAUUAGAGUUUAGCUGGAAAUAAAAGUUUCAAAGAGAUUCUGCGAGAAAGAGAAGUUCUCGGCAAAAAUUUGAGUCUGCACACGAUUUCACGAUUACGGUAGGCAUGAGAGCCGCCCGUUUUCGAUUUCUCGUUUCUUUGGGACUCUCGGCCGACGGGCGUCUGUGUCCGACGCAUCAGAUAACAACGACUAAUGCCGCAGAUUCCGCAUGAACGUUCAGUUUUUCUUUUGAAUGCGCUGGGAGAAUAUUUGGAGUGACAGAGUUUAGUAAUUUUUGCUUUCUGGGUUAUAUGAAAAACCUUAACCUUAUCAAGUCGUGCAUUUCAGUGCCGAAAAAGAAGGUGGUGGACGAAAAUGGAACGAAUAGAACGAAUUUCUCUACGCUGCAACUCACAGAGCUCGAGAAAGAGUUCCACACGGCCAAAUACGUCAACAGGACACGCCGUACAGAGAUUGCCCAGAACCUCAAACUCCAAGAAGCGCAGGUUUUCCGGCUCUAUAAAAAAGGCAACAUGAACGAUCUCAGGUGAAAAUUUGGUUUCAAAAUCGGCGGAUGAAGGAGAAGAAACGCGAAAAAGAAAAGCUGUUCCUGGCCCGAGCCACUUGGGAUUCUAAUUCGCCAACGACGCCGCCGGAAGAUUCCAAGGUUUCACAACUUCUGUAAAAGUCACCGAGUAUAUCGCAAAUUCAACCAGUUCGUUACGAUAAGCUCGUUACUUGUGUAUUUUUGUGAACGUUCUAUUUAUUUAUAUCGGCCGCCUCUUGUGAACCCUCAAACCUUCCCUCAAAUGUUUCUCAACAACUCGCUCAAAUUGGACAAAGAAACUAGCUCACACAGCACGGGUCGCACUCUUCCCAAUUUCUCUUAUUGUUCUUUCCCACAUAAAACGUGCCUGGAAUGUCUUGACAGCUCUCGCAUUCAAAUAGUCUUACUGAAAGAGCCUUCCGACUGGCUACCGUACCAGAAACGGGGUGUCGCGUCAAGACAGAUUAUUGUUAUUCUUGAGUUGUCGCCUUGAAUUAGCAGGCAGGCCGCCCAUUAUCAGUCGGUUAUCAGUCUAGGAUUCCUACGGUAGUCAUAGAACAAGUUUUUCUUUGCGAACAAACCGAUGAAUUAAAUUCACGGAAUGCCCGCUUAGUCUCAAGUUGAAGCUGGAGUUCCAAGUCUUUCUGAAUUCUUUUGAAUGCGAGACUGUGUACAGGGAAAACAUUUUCUACUGUUUUUUUAGUUUUGUACAAACAUUAUUGCUCGGAUGCCGUCUAAUUUCUCACAUAUUUUGUUCCACAUGAAAUAAAAAGUUCACUAUCUCUUUGGAAAAUAUCUCUCGAAAGUUUUCGGGCCAACUAAUUGAAAAGAAGCGGAGCGCAACCAGGGAAUUGUAAGUUUGAAGUAAUAUAGGCGGUUGGCAUUUUUUCAGGAGAGAUGCAAUUUCCCUGAUACCCGGCAUGAACAGCCAUCAGACCUCGUUUCAUCGUUAUAAAUAAGAAUUAUCUUUUUGACACACUCGAGAAGAGAAGAGAGCUUACCGAAAAUUAUCCUUUUCAGUUAAUCUUGCGAAAAAAUGCGGAAGACCUUGUUUUUUGUGGGAUUUGUAGGUGGGCGCACGAGCGGAUCUUCAGGCAGGUGUCGCUCUAAUCGACUUAUCAUUGGGACGAGUCGUCUGCCACGAUGCGGCGUCUUUCAUCUCGCCGCCACUUGAGUGA